AUGCUCGCAAGUAGUCAACCACGUGUAAUUCUCGUCACAGGAGCAAACAAAGGUAUUGGUUUUGAAAUUGUGAAGAAGCUCAUCAAAGAAUCACCGCCAAACAAUAAUGUUAUACUUCUUGGUUGUCGUGAUUUAAAACGAGGUCAAGAUGCACUUAUUCAAUUAUGCUCUCCACCAAAUGUUCAUUGUCUUCAACUAGAUGUAUCAUCACGAGAAAGUAUCUUUCAUGCUACUAAUGAAAUAAAAAGCAAGUAUGGUGGUCAACUAGAUGUAUUGAUUAAUAAUGCUGCCAUAGGAGAACUAGAAUUAGCUGUCGAUUCAGCUACAGAAAUGUUUUCUAUAAAUUAUUAUGGUAUCAAAAUAUUAAAUGAACAUUUAUUUCCUUUGAUACGAGAGAAUGGUCGUGUGAUUAAUGUAGCCAGUGCAUGUGGCCCUAUCGUAUUGUAUGAGGCCUCAGAAAGUCUUCAAAAUCAAUAUACAUCAUCAACAUUGACUUUGCAACAACUUGAUGAUCUUGUUGAAGAUUUCAUCUCAUCUAUUGGAACACAUAGUAUUGAACAACUAGGUUACAAUCCCAAAUCACUUUAUUUGAUUUACAGUGUUACGAAGGCAGCGGUUAUUUCUCUCACUCAAAUUGAAGCGCGUCAAUGGUCUGGUGCUAAACAUGUACUUAUUCUUUCCGUAUGUCCAGGAUUUUGUACUACUGACAUAAAUAAGAAUGCUCCUGGUAGUCGUCAUCCAGAAUUCGGUGCUGACUCAAUCUUAUAUGUUGUCAAUACUCCUCGAAAUGAACUUAAAAAUGGUUGUUUCUAUCGAGAUGGUCAACUGCUACCACAAAUCGGCAGAAUCAAUCGUGAAAAUUAA